UUUGUUAAUUAAUUUCAGGGGCGGUGCUAUCCAAUUUAUGGGCACAAAACGCCACCAUGACAAGUGGCUAAGAGACACUGAGACUUUUGCAAUCAAAGGUUGCUUUUCUAUGACUGAGUUGGGGCAUGGAAGUAAUGUUAGAGGAAUUGAAACAGUCACAACUUAUGAUUCGAAGACGGGAGAGUUUGUAAUCAAUACCCCAUGUGAAUCAGCUCAGAAGUAUUGGAUAGGAGGGGCUGCUAAUCAUGCAACACACACUAUAGUCUUUUCUCAGCUCAACAUAAAUGGGGUGAAUGAAGGGGUCCACGCUCUUAUAGCCCAGAUCAGGGAUGUAAAUGGAAACAUAUGCCCAAACAUCCGUAUAGCUGAUUGUGGCCACAAAAUUGGUUUGAACGGUGUUGAUAAUGGUCGAAUCUGGUUUGACAAUGUGCGAAUCCCCAGAGAGAACUUGUUGAAUUCGGUUGCUGAUGUUUCACCAGAUGGUCAAUAUCUGAGUGCAAUAAAAGACCAAGACCAAAGGUUUGCAGCAUUCUUGGCCCCAUUGACAUCUGGUCGUGUAACUAUUGCUACAAGUGCAAUUUACUCUGCAAAGAUUGGUUUGGCAAUUGCCAUUAGGUAUGCCUUGAGCAGGCGGGCAUUUUCUAUUACUCCUAAUGGACCUGAAGUCCUUUUGCUUGAUUACCCAAGUCAUCAACGCCGACUCUUGCCUCUUCUUGCUAAGUCGUAUGCUAUGAGUUUUGGUGGAAAUUACUUGAAAAUGAUGUACGUGAACAGAACCCCUGAAUCAGCCAAAACUCUUCAUGUUGUUUCAAGUGCAUUCAAGGCUAUCUUCACGUGGCAUAACAUGAGAACCCUCCAGGAAUGCCGUGAAGCUUGUGGAGGACAAGGCUUGAAGACUGAAAAUCGAGUUGGUCAUCUGAAAGGUGAAUUUGAUGUCCAGUCAACUUUCGAGGGGGACAACAAUGUUCUCAUGCAGCAGGUGAGCAAGGCACUCCUUUCAGAAUAUGGAGCUGCAAAGAAGAAAAACAAACCUUUCAAAGGUUUGGGAUUAGAACACAUGAAUGGACCCGUCCCUGUAAUUCAAUCUAAUCUUACAAGCACUACCCUCAGGAACAGCCAAUUCCAGAUGAACACUCACUGCUUGAGGGAACGAGAUCUUCUGAACCGUUUUGCUGCAGAAGUGUCGCUUUAUCAAUCAAAGGGAGAAAGCAAAGAGCGAGCAUUUAUUCUGAGUUAUCAACUUGCAGAAGACUUGGGCAGAGCUUUCUCAGACAGAGCUAUUCUGCAGACCUUCAUUGAUGCUGAGGCAAAUGUAUCUGCUGGUCCCUUGAAGAAUGUCCUCGGUUUGUUGAGAUCCAUGUAUGCCUUGAUCUGUUUGGAAGAAGACGCCGCAUUCCUUCGGUACGGGUACUUAUCAACAGAAAACGCAGCUGCUGUGAGGAACGAAGUGACAAAGCUCUGCGGAGAAUUGCGACCACAUGCACUUGCACUGGUCAGUUCUCUCGGCAUUCCUGACGCCUUUUUGAGCCCCAUAGCAUUUAACUGGAUCGACGCCAAUUCAUGGUCUUCAGUUCAGAAAUAGUGCCUUGAAUCGCUCUCUUUUCUUAAGCAAGAGUUUGAUUGUUUCCCUUGCUUCAAGUCUUAAUAAGAAAUCGAGGUGACAACCCAAAUUGCUGUAAUGGUGCUCAUCUAUGCGUAAAACCAUCUAUUAAUAAAUAAUCAUCAUUGUUCAUGUUUAUUAGAACC